UCUCCGCACUCCGCAGUUGACGUGAAAAAAGUGAAAAAAAAGUCAGGCAUCAACUAGAACUACUACGCAGUAAAAAAAAAAUUUAAACAAUUAAAAAUGGGUUCGCGUAAUGAGUGUCGCAUUUAUGUUGGCAACUUGCCGCCAGAUAUCCGCACCAAGGAUAUUCAAGAUCUCUUCCACAAAUUUGGCAAAGUGACUUUUGUGGACUUGAAAAAUCGGCGUGGUCCGCCAUUUGCAUUUGUUGAGUUCGAAGAUGCGCGCGAUGCGGAUGAUGCCGUAAAGGCGAGAGAUGGUUAUGAUUAUGAUGGCUAUCGCCUACGUGUGGAAUUCCCUCGAGGGGGCGGACCCGGCAGCUAUCGUGGCGGCAAUCGCAAUGAUCGCAAUCGCGAUGGCGGUGGUGGCGGAGGACGGAUGGGCGGACGUGGUCCCCCAGCGAAACGAUCUCAAUAUCGUGUAAUGGUCACAGGAUUGCCAACAUCGGGGUCGUGGCAAGAUCUCAAGGAUCAUAUGCGUGAGGCGGGUGAUGUUUGCUUUGCGGACACAUACAAAGAUGGCUCCGGUGUUGUGGAAUUCUUGAGACACGAAGAUAUGAAAUAUGCCAUUAAGAAGUUGGACGACUCGAGAUUCCGUUCUCAUGAGGGCGAAGUUGCGUAUAUCCGAGUACGGGAAGAUAGCGGAGACAACGAUCGCAGUGGUGGUAGCGGAGGAGGUGGUGGCGGCGGCGGUGGCGGAGGAGGUGGCGGCGGCGGUGGCGGCGGCAGUCGUGACUACCGGGACAGAUCCCGUUCGCGUUCAUUCUCGUCGCGACCACGUCGUCGGGGCACUCCAACUUAUUCACCAGUACGACGUCAAUCCUAUUCCAGGUCUCGCUCACGAUCCAAUUAUUAGUUUUAUGCUUAACAUCCCCUUUCAAUAUCAUUAUCCAUUAAUUUUAUAUUAAUUUUCUUAUGAGCAGGAAAUUUUAAGGAAAAAGCAAGAAAGUAUAUACAUAUAUAUGAACAUUUUGACUACCGAAUCAUCAAUCAUGCAUUCAAUCAAGAAACCCAAGAAACAGCAAAAUGACAUCAUAAUUCAAAUCGAAACUUGCUUUUCCAGUCCCAUGAAAGAAUCGAAGGUUUUACUAUUUAAAACAUUGACUUAAAAUUACUAAAUUUUUUAUAAUGCGAAAAUUCAAGGAACUUGAAACAUUCCUUGCUCUCUUAAUAUGCCAUCACAAACAUAAAACACCAAACCAACAACAUCAAAUAAGAAAUAUUCUUGCAUUUUAAAAUACAAUUAAAAACAUAAACAGGAAUACAUAAAAUAAACAGAGAAAAAUUGUCAAACAUGAGGAAACACUUAAAAACUAACCACACAAACAAGAAUUGAAACAGAAAAUGAAAUAUUUUAAGAUUUUAUGUACAAAAUUAUUAAUAUUUAACAUUUAUAUUUUUCUUCUCUUCCCUAUUUGUGCGCGUUUAUAUUUGAGGAGGAUUGAGGCUAAUGGAGGAUAAAUUUUGAGUGGAAUUUAGUGGAGGCAGGAUAUAUGGUAUGAAAUAUUAAUGAAGAAAGGAUGAUGGAAAUAAAAAGGAUUUGGAAAAGGAUAGGAAAUUGGCUAGGACAACGUUGGAUACGUGGAGGAUGCUGUCGCACAGCAUGGAAGGAAAGGAAUUUGCAAUUGUCAAAAAGAAAGGGAGAAAUACGCAUUUUCUCUCGGGAUUCCUCCCUUGAUUGUGUAUCUGUCUUUUCGAUCAUAUUUCGUUUGGGUAAUGGAUUGUGGAGUGGAAUCGAUGAGGAUGUUGAUGGCAGCGAAAGGAAUUUCAUGCACUUGGACAGGAUAAUUCCAGGAGUUAUGGAAACACUUCGAAAUUUUAGCAUUCGUGAUGUGAUUACAUAUUCCAGGAAUUGCAAGAAAAAAAACUUCAGCAUCCGUGAGAUUUGGAGUUUUAGGAAUAUUAUGAUUUGAUUUUCCGAGAAUUAUCCAAAUUAUGUUACGCAUCCGAGAUUCGAAACUUUAGAAUUUAUGGAUUCAAAUUCAUUUCUUGUCUUGCUCGCCAUCUUCUGUUUCUGGGAUGCUCGUAUCCUUCAAUAUCCACACCGAUUAUAGCGGGACCAUCCAAGUUUGCCCAACGCUGGAUAAUUGCCCCGUGGUGUGAUUCUUUCUCGUGGUCUACUCUCAAAAUCUGUCGUUAUCUCUCUCUAUGCUCGUCUGAUAUCAGUGGUAUGUUUCGAUUGCCUUUUUUUUGAGUUAAUAUUUAUAAUUUUUUACAUAAAAUACUGUUUGCUUAUUUGAUGUGUUGCGACUAUCAAACCACAUAAUGAACAAAAAAAGAAAAAAAAAUACCGAAAGUACAGUUGCCUUCAUAUAUAUAAUCGUAUGUAUGUAUGUGUGUAUGUUAUCCCUCUUCCACAUAUUUUUUUGACUAGAUCCCUGCAAAAGCAAAAAAAAAAACAAAGAAUUUGAGCAUUUUUAAUUGCAUGAAGUUUGUCAAUCCAGAAUUACAUACUCUAAUAUAUACAUAUGUAUGUCCAUAUAUAUUUGAAUCACCCAUCAAAGCAAUAGUUUUAAACCUAUUUUUGAGACGAAAUAAAUACAAUAUUAUAUUGCAUAAGA